AUGCAGGCCCCAUAUAUCUAUGCAACCGCAUACAUAUGUCUUCUCGGUCUUGUCGUUAUUUGGCGACUUUUCCGAUUUCUAACAGCCCGAGCACGUGACCAUGUCUUUUCUAUUCUCUCUAAAUGGCUUCUAUACACAGUCAUACUAGCAAGAGUUAAUAGUAGUUCAGACAUCACAAUCAUUGCGGGUAUUGUAGUCAUUUGUAUGCUGGUCGGAAACAUCGCUAGCGCACUUAUUGCUGUAGCGUCUCAAGCCGACUUCUCUGCGCGCCUUGCUCGGCUAUGCAUAACGAAUCUCGUUAUUCUUUUUCUUGGUGGAAGAACGAACUUCGUCGCUGAUAGAAUUCUUAAGUUAUCACACAAUCAGUAUUACCUUGUCCAUCGUUGGGUGGGACGUAUUUGCGUUCUAGAAGGCCUAAUACAUGGGGUCCUGAGCGUUUUGCAGCGUCGGAAGCCAUUGCGUGCAAUUGAUAUCACAUUAAUCUCACUUACUGGGACGAUUGCAGUGUGCUCCUUCGUUUACAUUCGGCGCAGGGUAUAUGAGUUGUUCCUCCAACUACAUACAAUAGCAUCAGUAGCUCUCCUCAUCUUCCUCUGGCUACAUCUGACUAGGCCCAGUCCAUACGUGGUUGCUUGCAUCUCUAGUGCAGCGUCUUUUUUUGUGCUCCAAAAGGUAUUGUGGGUAAUUCACUGCAUCUACCGAAAUGCUGGGUCAGGGCCCCGUUGCCAGGCUUCGAUUACUCGCUUUCAAUCAAAUGGAAAUCAAAACGAAGAGGUCUUUCAGGUUCGAGUCGAUGUAAGACGACCCUGGCAUGUCAUCCCAGGGCAAUUUAUAUAUCUGUCUUUGCCACACUCUCGUGGUCUUGGUUUGGGCUUGCUUGAGUUCCAUCCAUUUAUGGUUGCAUGGGCGUUCCACGAUGAAAAGAACCAGUUGGGAUCGGUAGUACUUAUUAUUCAACGUCGUCAGGGUUUUACGCGCAAGCUAGGGUUUACCAGUACCACUACACCUGCAAUUAUCGAUGGUCCGUACGGAGGCGUGGAUUGUAAGGAGCUAGCCCGCUACGAUAAGGUACUUCUCAUGUCCAGCGGUGCAGGCAUCGCGGCGCAUCUGUACAUGACUCGCUAUCUACUCCUGGCUCAUAACCAACAAACAGCACGUGUGAGAAGACUCACUGUUCUUUGGUUUCUUGAAACAUCAGAUCAAAUGAAGUGGGCGAAGGAAUAUCUUGACACCCUUAACGGUCUAGAUCCUCGAAAGAUUUUAACUAUAUACUUACUAUACCCCAAUGAAAGCGAAGGAACAGCAGAAGGCGAGUUUCCUAGCUCCAGAGUCCCUGAAGCGAGAAUGUACCCCAUAUCUGGCUCUCUUGACAUGGCCAUGUUUAUUGAGGGCGAAUGGAGUGCUGAAGCAGGGAAUAUGCUAGUGACAGUGUGCGGCACCCCCAAGUUCGAAAUGCGCGCGAGGCAAGCCGUCAGAGCCAGUUCUCAUCACAUCCACUUUCGGACGAGUAUCUACCUACCUGAUGAGACAUAUAUUAGUAAGAUGUCAGUAUCGCGGUACAGAUGA